CAAUCCCUCCCAAAAAAUACAACAUUUUUCACUCCGCGAAAAUUUUCUCUCAAUCAAAGGUUUUCCGAUCGAUCAUAUCUCCGAUGGCUGAGAUUGAACUAAAAACUGCGCCUGCUGAUUUUCGGUUCCCGACUACCAACCAAACCAGGCAUUGUUUCACCCGUUAUAUUGAAUUUCACAGGUGUGUGGCUGCUAAGGGUGAUGAAUCGGGUGAUUGUGGUAAAUUUGCCCAAUACUAUCGUUCCCUCUGCCCAGGGGAAUGGGUUGAGAAAUGGAACGAGCAGAGGGAGACUGGAACAUUUCCAGGGCCACUCUAGUUGAACAACAAUCUUAGGGUUUGAGGACUCGGGUACUCGGGUUUGCCAUUUAACUCUGGUUUGAUGAUGCUAGUCAUUUUGGUUUGGUUUGAAGUUUAAAAAUAUUAAUAAAUCAUUAUUUUAGCAACUUUCGGAAUUGUGCAUACAAUUCUUAUGCUUCUCUAUUGUGCGAACAAGAGUUUGCUGAAGGGAACUGAUGUUUUUUUCCUAGUGUUGGUUGGACGCUGUUGUUCCUAUUAAUGUUAUCCUUGUUUCGUUUUUUUUUAAUUGAAAUGUGUUUUAUCG